AUGCCCAAUAGCUUGAGCGAGACGACUCUUGCUGUCACGCAGCCUCCUUCAGGGGUCUUGACUCCGGUCAACCCAUCAGAGUUUCCAGAUGCUCAGUUUGGGGAUCUCGAGAAGGGGCUAUCCGACAAGACGGAGAUUGAUCUUCCUAGGCAGGAUGACCAUGGUUGGCGACGGAUUGUCCGUGGGUUUACUCCAUCCAUGUUUUCUAUAACCAUGGGCACUGGUGUUGUAGCGAUCUUGCUACAUCAGAUGCCAUAUAACAGCAGUUGGACAAAUUACCCAUGCUAUAUCGUGUUCGGGCUGAACGUCUUGAUCUUCGUUAGCGCUCUCUUAAUCUCAAUCUUGCGGUAUACUCUAUGGCCUGAGUUGUGGCCGGCGAUGAUCAACCAUCCGACACACUCUCUGUUCUUGGGAUGCUUCCCGAUGGGCCUUGGAACCAUUGUCAACCUAAUCGUAUUGGUCUGUGUUCCAGCGUGGGGCCCUCGGGCGGCGACAAUGGCGUGGGCUUUGUGGUGGAUUGAUGCUGCUCUCGCGGUGACCAUCUGCUGUUCAGUCGCGUUCCUGAUGAUAUCGGUUCAUGAAGUAUCUCCUGAGAAGCUGACUGCCGCGUGCUUGCUACCCGCUGUCAGCUGUGUCGUUGCUGCAUCAACUGGUGGUCAAGUCGCACAGAUGGAGGCUCUCGAGGCCCACGAGGCACUCUGGACGUUGCUUACCUGUUAUUGCUGCUGGGCAAUCGGGUUCUUCGUCGGAUUGAUGAUCCUUUGCAUCUACUUUUACAGACUCUUGUUGUUCAAGCUGCCUUCACAGGAAGUUGUUGUUAGCGUGUUCUUGUCGUUGGGGCCUCUCGGACAAGGUAGCUUUGGAAUCAUGCAAUGCGGAAAAGCUGCAAAGAUGGUCUUCCCAAGACUUACCAUUCUGCCAUCAGAAGCUGGUACUAUACUUUACGUUAUGGGCAUCAUAAUGGGACUGAUCAUCUGGGCCAUGGCGAUUCCGUGGAUGUGCUUCGCUGUAGGAUCUGUCCUGCGUUUGAAGAUGAGGUUUCCCUUCAACAUCGGCUGGUGGGCGUUCUUGUAUCCAGUUGGUGGCGUAGCUUCAGCGACUAUUACGUUGGGAGCAGAGCUGGAAUCUGCAUUCUUCCGUGUGGUUGCAGAGGUCCUCACAGCUAUCAUCGUCCUUGUUUGGGUCAUCUGCUUUGCAAGAACCAUCCGAGGAGCCUUUUCUGGCGAGCUAUUCCCCAAGCCAGGCGUCUGCGAACUUCGUCCAGACUCAGGAGCAAAGGUAAGGAUACCCGUCGUCCAAUGCGGCAGGACAACCAAAGCAAGAUACUGA